AUGGCAGCUAACAAUGCAGAUCAGGUCGUCUUUGAUAAGGUUGCUGAAAUCAACGCAUCUAAAGAGUCUUGGAACAUACGUGUUAAAGUCGUCAUGCUUUGGAAGCCGACCUAUAUAAACAAUCCUAAUAUGGUCGCAAGCCUGGACAUGAUUUUAAUUGACCAGGAGGGAAGUAGAAUUCAAGCAACAAUAAAAAAAAAUCUUAUUCCUGUAUUUGAAUCCCUAUUCGAUGAAGGAGCUGUCCGGGAGAUCAGUAACUUCGCUAUGGCUAGCAAUGAAAGCGAAUACAUGCUUGUUCCUCAUAAACAUAAAAUCAAUUUCUACAAAACCACAAAAGUUCGUGUAUCCACUGAUUUUGUUGAUACAGUAGAUCCUUAUCAUUUUAUCUCUUUCCCAGAUUUGCUAGCCAGGAACUUUGACACUCGUGUUGCAUUUGAUUUUCUAGGUGAAGUUGUGUCAACUGAUCCCAUGCGAGUCAUUGUUGAGUAUGGAAGAGAGAAAAGGUUAAUGAAUCUGGUUGCUCAGGAUUUAAGUGGUACGAGAAUUGCAGUCGCUUUGUGGGGCAGUUUUGCAAUGAAGCUGAAUACUUACAUUUCACAACAUAAUAAUGAGACUGCUCCUGUUAUUAUCUUGCUACGUUUGGCCAAACUCAAAAUUUGGGUGCCUCAAGUUGGUAAUUGUUUGUUUGGGUCUAGAUUGCAUAUAAAUGAUGAUAUGCCUCAGAUUUUGGAGUUCAAAUCAAAUCUUAAUGCUUUGGAUACGAAUGUUGAGUCUUCUAGCCGUACAUCCCAGCUCAACUCAGAUACUGUUGUGGCUAAUCCAGAGGAUUACUACCUCCGUUUUCAGAUAAAAAACAUUGAUGAAAUUCCUGAUUUUAAUGAGUUGGUUUAA